CCGCUCAGGCCGAGUUCUGCCGAGGAAACCCGAGUGGGGCCGAGGCCCACGUAGCCGCGGCCCUUAGCAGAGACUGCUAGGCUCACCCCACCCAACAGCCAGGCGGAGCCAGAGAUGCUGGCCGGGGCUGCACGGCCCCGCUUGGGCCCCUGGCCACCUCUGACUUUUCCUUUCCCGCUGCUGCUGUUGCUGCUGUUGCUGCUGCUCGUGGUGCUGAGCGGCCCAGUGUCCAGCCGCGUCCCACGUUCGGUGCCCAGGACCUCGCUUCCCAUCUCCGAGGCUGACUCCUAUCUCACCAGGUUUUCUGUCCCUCAUACGUACAAUUACUCUGUUCUCCUUGUGGAUCCUGCUACCCAAACACUUUAUGUCGGCGCCCGGGACUCCAUCUUCGCCUUAUCUCUGCCCUUCUCAGGGGAGAGACCCCGCAGGAUUGACUGGAUGGUACCUGCGGCCCACAGACAGAACUGUGAGAAGAAGGGAAAGAGAGAGGAUGAAUGUCACAAUUUUGUCCAGAUUCUCGUCAUUGCCAAUGCCUCUCACCUCCUCACUUGUGGCACCUUCGCUUUUGAUCCGAAGUGCGGGGUUAUUGAUGUGUCCAGUUUCCAGCAGGUUGAAAGCCUUGAGAGUGGCCGGGGGAAAUGUCCUUUUGAGCCAGCUCAGCGGUCAGCAGCUGUAAUGGCUGGGGGGGUUCUUUAUACUGCCACUGUGAAAAACUACCUGGGGACAGAGUCGAUUAUCUCCCGGGCUGUGGGUCGCGCUGAGGAUUGGAUUCGAAUAGAGACCUUGCCAGCCUGGCUUAACGCCCCUGCCUUUGUCGCAGCUGUAGCCCUGAGCCCAGCCGAAUGGGGGGAUGAAGAUGGUGACGAGGAAAUCUACUUCUUCUUUACGGAGACUUCCCGGACAUUUGAUUCAUAUGAACAUAUCAAGGUCCCACGGGUGGCUCGUGUGUGCGCGGGGGACCUUGGGGGCCGGAAGACCCUUCAGCAGAGGUGGACAACAUUCCUGAAGGCUGACCUGCUGUGUCCAGGGCCUGAGCAUGGCCGGGCCUCCACUGUCCUGCAGGACAUGGCUGAACUUCGACCUGUUCUUGGAGUGGGGACUCCUGUCUUCUAUGGCAUCUUUUCUUCCCAGUGGGAAGGAGCUUCCAUCUCUGCUAUCUGUGCCUUCAAACCACAAGACAUUCGGACAGUACUGAAUGGUACCUUCAGAGAGCUUAAACAUGACUGCAACAGGGGACUGCCUGUCACAGACAAUGAUGUGCCCCAGCCCAGACCUGGAGAGUGUAUUACCAAGAACAUGAAGCUCCAGCAGUUUGGCUCUUCGCUGUCCUUGCCUGAUCGUGUGCUCACCUUCAUCCGGGACCACCCACUCAUGGACAGGCCAGUGUUUCCUGCCGAUGGGCACCCCUUGCUGGUCACUACGGAUACAGCCUAUCUCAGAGUGGUGGCCCACAGGGUGACCAGCCUCUCAGGGAAAGAGUAUGAUGUGCUCUACCUGGGUACAGAGGAUGGACACUUGCACCGAGCAGUGUACAUUGGAGCCCAGCUAAGUGUCCUGGAGGAUCUGGCCUUAUUUCCAGAGCCACAGCCAGUUGAGAACAUGAAAUUAUACCAUGGCUGGCUCCUGGUUGGCUCCCAUACCGAGGUGACACAAGUAAACACAACCAACUGUGGUCGCCACCAGAGCUGCUCAGAGUGUAUCCUGGCUCAGGACCCUGCCUGUGCUUGGAGUUUCCGGCUGGAUGCAUGUGUGGCCCAUGCUGGGGAGCACCAAGGGCUGGUCCAAGACAUAGAGUCAGCGGAUGUCUCUUCUUUGUGUCCCAAAGAACCUGGAGAACACCCAAUAGUGUUUGAAGUUCCUGUGGCCACAUCUGCACAUGUGGUCUUGCCAUGUUCUCCCAGCUCGGCAUGGGCAUCCUGUGUGUGGCAUCAGCCCAGCGGAAUGACUGCACUCACCCCACGGCGGGAUGGGCUAGAGGUGGUGGUGACCCCAGGGACUAUGGGUGCUUAUGCCUGUGAAUGUCAGGAGGGUGGGGCAGCUCGUGUGGUAGCAGCUUAUAGCUUGGUAUGGGGUAGCCCGCAAGGUCCCUCAAACCAGGCCCACACAGUGGGGGCUGGACUGGCUGGCUUUUUCCUGGGGGUUAUUGUAGCAUCUCUGACACUCCUCUUGAUUGGUCGGCAUCAGCAGAGACGGCGACAGAAGGAACUUCUGGCUAGAGACAAGGUGGGCUUAGACCUGGGGGCCCCACAAUCUGGGACCACAAGCUAUAGCCAAGACCCUCCCUCCCCAUCUCCUGAAGAUGAGCGGUUGCCCUUGGCCCUCGCCAAGAGGGGCAGUGGCUUCGGUGGCUUCCCUCCACCCUUUCUACUUGAUCCUUGCUCAAGCCCAGCCCAUAUUCGGCUCACAGGGGCUCCCCUCGCCACAUGUGAUGAAACAUCCAUCUAGAGUCAGGCAGAUGACCACUGGUAGAUGAGUGAACGCUGGAAUCAGGUCCCUGGGCCUGGAAGACUGUCAUGGCCUCUCAUUUUCUGUUGAGUCUGAGUGAUCUCUUAGACAUCACCUGACUCCUAUGAGAGUUGGGGCUGCAGUGAACUGGGGUUACCUCCUCUCCUUACCUUCUGAGCCCCUAUGACCUUCAGCCCUGGACACCUAUCUUGGACCCCUUAGUUGUGGUGACGGGGCCCAAGACAAAGCUCUGACUUUGCUUUCUGGGCAGGCCCUGGUUAGGAAGAAGAGCCAUGGAGGUAGUUGGGGACCAAUAUGCACUGAGUCCUUGAGAUGGUCCUUUUGAUUCUCCCAUUUUACUGAUUCUCUGUGGUGAGUGCAUGAUUCUCAAUGCUGCAAUGCAGAACCUCUGCCCUGAGGUCCCCCGUCCCAGUUUUCCUUCUGCCAUGAAAGAGUGUUUGUAAAUCUGUUGGUGUUCAUAGGAGACCUGGCCACGUGUGCAUGAGUGACUGGGCUGAGGGUUAGGUGUUGCGGGGUAGAGAGGGGAAACGUGGAAUGGGAGCAUUACCUGCACAACUCCACACCCUGCACCCAGGGGGAAGUGGCUUUCUUUUCUAAAAGGCAACAAAACACUGCCCCUCUCUUCACUGACCAUAAUGUUUUUCUAAAUUUGAGUAGAAAGAAUCGCCUAAAGUGACCUUCGGGGUGGGAAGGGCCCUGGUACAUGUGACCCCAUCCUUUUUGCUUUUGUCCUCUGGUUGCCACCACUGCCAUGCCAUAGAUGCUCUUGCCCUCCCUGGAGUAUGGGUCGAGCCCCUUUUCUUUGGCUACAAUUAUAGCUGAACUUCACAACAUUCUAAAUAUUAGGGGGCAGUAAAAAGGGAAAAGUAACAGGAAAUACAAGCAGCUUAAAGAUAGGUUGCAUCAGUGACUUUACUCAGGUUGACACCUUUGCCCUAAAGCAGGAGUCCCUGACCUGGGAUCCAUGGACUCCCUGAAAUUGUAUGCAAAAUGUUGUCUGUACAUCUGUACUUGUGUGUCUGUGUUUUUCUGGUUGGGAAGGGCGCUUUCAUCAGAUUCUCAAGGCCUUAAUACAGUUAAAGGACCACUGCACUUGGGCCAUGCAGGAUGGUGGCGCUCUGUGGCAGCUCCUCCUAGCCUCGCCUUGCUGCCUGGGGCCCUGGGCUUGCAGCUGCUAGAGGUCCUGUUUCUCUAGUCCAGAGAAGCUGGGCUCUGCGUAUUGGAAGACACUGUCAGCUGUCACCCAAUGUCUGAACCUUCCUGCUUCCCAACUCCCAUGUGCUCUAGGCUUCUCCUGCUCAGUCCUGGUCUUGACCUGUGAAUGUGCCUCAUUCAUCCCUGGUGAGGGACCCCUUUAAGCUCCAGUGAAUGGUCCAGUCCUUUCCGGUUGGAGUUUUUUUGCUCUGCUUUCCUUGGCAGCAGCCUAUGAACUACUCAAGAGUCCCCUUGGUUUGGAAUUUCAGUGGGUUUGCCAUGAAGAAGCAUAUAAUCUUGGGCAUGUAUUCUAACCUAGGGAUACCGAUUUACUUGUCUGUAAAAUGGGGAUAGUAAUACCUACCUCAGGUUGCUGCAAGGAUUAAAUGAAAAACCAUGUAAUCAAUAAAGCACUAUCUAUACCAGCA